AUGGACAAAGACAGACCAGGCCUCAACCUAGAGAAACUAGUAGCUGUUCUGCAAGCAAAUGGACAUCAGCUUAUUCUGGAAGAGAUACCAUACUGGAACACUGCAGAGUUGGUGGUCAAUGGCAAGACUGUAUUUCACUGCAACAUUAAUGACCUGGAAUUUGGAAAGUACAGAGUUUCAUUCAUUGCAGUCUCUUGCUGA